AUGACAAGCCCAAGUAUGCAGCAACCCGAUACGCCGAAUCCUCCUCCUUCGGCCGGCAGACUCCUUCUUCCCGCGCCCUUCCAUGCCUUCUCCUCCCCAUCUCCGACGCUGGUCACCCAGGGCGCCGAGGCCCUGCUAUACCGGACGCACUUUCUGCACCCGACGCAGCCGGCCGCCCUCAAAUUCCGACCGAGCAAAGCAUACCGACACCCCACGCUGGACGCGCGGCUGACGAAGCAGCGCGUGCUGGCCGAGGCGCGCAUCCUCGUCAAGCUCAAGCUGUCGGCCCUGGACGCCGUCACGGUCCCCGCGGUGUUGAGCCUCGAGUGGGAUACCACCCGCAAGGGCCGCGGGGCGGGUGAUGUGGCCGGACAGCAGCAGCAGGGCGGCGCGUGGCUCCUGAUGGAGUGGAUCGACGGACGCAGCGUCAAAGACUUACUGCGCGCCUGGGACGUCUGGUACAAGUCCCUCGGCGCGGCGGCGAGUGCACAACAAGGACACCAUCACGACGAGGUCGCGGCCCAGGAAGAGGCCGUGAAGAGAUUACUGCGCCGCAUUGGCCGGGCGGUCGGGGCCAUGCACGCCCGAGGAGGCGUCGUCCACGGGGACUUGACGAGCAGCAACAUCAUGAUCCGGCCUUAUAACAACAGUGACACUACAACCACAACCACAACAGGCGGGGACACGAGUCGCAAGGAUGAAGAGCAGCUGGGUCUCCAGUCGGAAGAAGAAGAGCAAGGAACCCACACGCCGUCCCAUCCGCCUGAUUUGACCGGCGAGAUCGUCCUGAUCGACUUCGGCCUGGCCACGCAGUCCGUGCAGGACGAGGACCGGGCCGUGGAUCUCUACGUGCUCGAGCGGGCGUUUGGGUCGACGCACCCGCGUCAGGAAGGCUGGUUCGACGCCGAAGUCUUACAGAGCCAGGAAGGGUACCGCGGCAGUUUCAAGGGGUCCAACGUCGUGCUGAAGAGGUUGGACGAGGUCAGGUUGCGAGGUAGGAAGAGGAGUAUGAUUGGAUGA